AUGGUAGCUCAUCCUCGAACUUCAGCUGCUGGAAUUCUGGCAUUAUUAGCAGAGCCAGAACUCGAAAUUAAACAAAGAGCUAUUGUUGAGCUCAUUCAACUUAUUCCUGACUUUUGGGCUGAGAUUUCAGAGGAGAUAUCGGCCAUCGAAGCUCUUUCAGAAUCAAGUGACCUCCAACCAGCAGCACGCGAAAAUGCAGCUCUGGUUGCGAGCAAGGUCUACUAUUACCUAGGCCAGUACGAUGAUGCCCUUUCAUUUGCUUUGCGGGCCGGGAACGCAUUCGAGGCCGAAUUGAAACAAGAAAAGUCUGCCGAAUACGCAGAGACCAUAGUUUCCAAUGCGAUUGAUAGAUACAUCGCCCAACGAGUAGAAUUUGCUGAAACGACCGACCCUUCAACACUCCCCAACUCUGGUGCUGAUUCCGACAAGAUCGACUCUCGCCUAAGAUCGAUUAUUGAGCGCAUAUUCACUCUUGCCAUUGAAGGAGGAGACGUACGUCAGGCUCUGGGUAUUGCAUUGGAGUCCUCGCGCCUGGAUAUUGUCACUAGGAUCUUCGAACACACACACGAUACCGAACUUCUUUCAUAUGCGAUGGACGCGGUGCUCGAUGUCGGAUUCAACCUUGCGACUCGAAACCGGGUCUUACACCAUCUCUGCCCACUCUUCCCACUCCCUAAGCCUGGUGCCAACUACACUAUCGCUCUUACCCGCCUCCAUGUCGCACUUGCCACACCUUCUGUCACGAAUCCGCUCUUCCAGAAGCUUAUCGAAAGCGGAGACAAAACCAACCGUCUCCUGGCUUGCCAACUCGCUUUCGAUCUUGUCGAAGGAUCUACCCAAGAUUUUCUUCGCAUCGUAUCCAAUUCCCUCCCCUCCGGUGAAAACUACGAACUCAUUCGACAAAUCCUUUCCGGUGCCGAUUCUAUCAGGCUCAAGCUUGAUUUCCUCCAACGAAAUAACAAGGUCGACCUCGCCAUCUUGAAGCACACUAAGGAAUCGCUCGAGCAUAGGAGCAGUGUGUACCAUAACGCGCUCACUUUGAGUAACGCGUUCAUGCACGCUGGGACGACAAGCGAUGUGUUCCUUCGUAAUAACCUCGACUGGCUGGGACGAGCCAGCAACUGGUCUAAAUUCAGCGCAACCGGCGCUUUUGGAGUUAUCCACAAGGGCAAUGUCGCCCAGGCUAUGGAGCUAUUGGGACCGUAUCUUCCUGGAGCAUCGAGUGGUGCAGGAUCAAGCCCAUUUAGCGAGGGAGGCGCAUUAUUUGCGUUGGGUAUUGUUCAUGCUGGCCGUGGAAGUGAAGUUGAAGGCUUUUUGAGGGAAAAGGUUCGGCAAGCGGCUGGCGGCGAAGUUGUUCAGCAUGGCGCAGCGUUGGGAUUGGGCAUUGCCGGUAUGGCGAGUCGAUCCGAAGAGGCAUAUGAUGAGCUCAAGGAAGUCUUAUUCACCGACAGUGCCAUCGCAUCCGAGGCCGCUGCAUACGCCAUGGGUCUGGUGAUGCUUGGCUCUGGACAACAAAAAGCUACUGAUGAGAUGCUCGCAUAUGCUCAUGAAACGCAACACGAGAAGAUCAUUCGUGGUCUUGCUAUUGGAGUGGCCUUCUUGUACUAUGGUCGUCAGGAAUCUGCGGAUACUGUGAUUGAAAACGCGCUGAAGGAGAAGGACCCACUUCUCCGAUAUGGUGGUGUUUAUACCUUGGCCCUCGCCUAUGCUGGAACCGGAGAUUCUCGCGCAGUUCGAAAGCUUCUCCACGUCGCUGUAUCUGACACCUCGGACGACGUUCGUCGAGCGGCCGUAACUGCACUUGCCUUCCUUCUCUUUAAGAGCCCGACUCAAGUACCAAGGAUCGUCCAACUUUUGAGCGAGAGUUACAACCCCCAUGUCAGGUGCGGUGCGACCCUCGCCCUCGGCCUGGCGUGCGCAGGAACCGGGCUCCAGGAUGCUAUCGAUCUACUACAGCCUAUGACCAAAGACCCUGUCGACUUUGUCCGCCAAGGCGCAUUUAUUUCACUCGGCAUGAUCCUCGUUCAGCAAUCCGAGGCUUCUUCGCCCUCGCUUUCGUCCACUAGAGCGUUAUACCACAAGAUCGUUUCGGACAAGCACGAGGAUCCGAUGGCUAGGUUUGGUGCCGCCCUUGGACAGGGAUUCAUUGAUGCCGGGGGACGAAACUGCAGCAUUUCGCUCCAGAGCAGGACGGGAAGUGGCAAUAUGAGUGCCAUCGUGGGGAUGGUUCUAUUUUGCCAGUUCUGGUACUGGUACCCCCUUGCCCACUGUGCAUGCCUCGCCUUUGAGCCUACAGGUGUCAUCGGGCUUACCGAGGAACUCAAGACUCCCUCGUUCGAAUUUGUUUCGAAUGCCCGUCCGGCGUUGUUCGCGUACCCCGCGGCGGUAAAGCCACCGACCAAAGAAACGGUCGAAAAGGUCGCGACAGCUGUGCUUUCAACGACCGCCAAGGCCAAGGCGCGCGAAAAGACUAAGGAAAAGGAAAAGGCUGCCAACGAUGGAGAGCGCAUGGAUACGGAUGAGAGUCCUGCGGCCGCAGCUCAAGACGAUGAAAUGAAGGUCGACGAGCCCGCACCGGCGCCCACGCCUAAACGGGCUGGACCCGCACCAACGUCGGAGACACUUCAAAACCUCUCGCGCGUGACCCCAGCGCAGAUGCAGUACAUUACGUUCCCGCAGAAAGCCGAUUCCAGCCCGUGCGGCCCAUCGGAAAGGGCGGAGGCGCCAUUCGGGACUGAAUCGGCCUCGACGGAAAAUAUGGGGGCCCAGACGGAGGGCCAGUCUCCAGCGGCUCAGCAGGGCUCGAGCAAUGACGAAGCCCCUCCCCCGCCUGCUGUUCAGAAUAAUGUCUUCUGCUGCAGGUCGAGUGAGGUCGAAAAAUGGGUGUUUGACGUGCAAAAAGAGGUGUGUUGGAUCCAACUUGCCGUCGUCGUCAAUAUGGUUCUCACAGCCACCAGGCGCAAAAAGUGUGACGAAACCCGCCCAAUAUGUGAAAGAUGUACGAAAGCUGGGAUGCAAUGUCUGGGAUACGAACCUGAAGGCUCCGACUCACGUCCGACGAGGGUUAGGUCAAAGGCGGCUGCUCGAGUCUCCUCGGCCGGCUCAAGAAACUCAAGUGUCCCUCGCCCAUCAGCGUCUACCUCUGCAACACCCGCUUCUGCCAUAACAUCCCCCACGGACCCCACCUCUCCUGGCCAAUCACAGCAGCUAACACAACUCCCCUUUCCUCUGAUACCAAACGAUGCCAUAUUGCCCAUUCAACGAUGCUAUUGGAACGAUGUUUUUGACUUUUCCUUCAUGUCUCCUUCGCUCUCCACUCUCCCCUUCAACUCCACCUUUGGCGGCGAUCCCUCGACCUGGGAUGCAGGUUUACUGUCAAAUGACGUCGGAGUCUGGGCUCCUCAACACUCGGAAAGUCCCGGCAAUAUGACACUGGACUCACAAGCCACAACCUCGCUCGCCACGUCCAACUUGGCCGAUAACCAGUCGCGCAGUAUGGCCCUGUACAAACCACAUCAACCCCCGGCCCGCACGUCCAAGCAGAUGACCUCUGGCCAGGCAUCGCUCCUCAACGCCCUCUUUAGUCUCGGCCAGUCGACCCCGGACUGUAUGAUGCCCACGCCCAAUGCUUCCUUUUCAACACCGCCCAGCACUACCAGCUCAGCCUGGCCUUCCCCCGACCAAGAGGGAGACGAGUCUGACACGAGCGAGGAUUCGGACCCCGAAGGCGUUCGGGAAAUCGUAUGUGGGUCGCCUACAUUGGAGCCUACGGUUCAGAGCAACACUCUUCCGUUUGUGCUCUACAGCUAUGCCACAAUGGUCACUCGAACAGUCUACGAGCCGCUGAAAAUGGCCUCUCAUAUGAGGGAAUGGUUGACCGACCGAUUCUACAAGUCAGAAGAAUCUCGGACGGGGAUUACCACGCUCGCAGGCAUAUUUCACACAAUAUGGAACCUCAAAGCGAGCCCUGCAGACUAUCUUCCUCUGGCUUCGAGAAUCGUUUCCCAGUUCCGCCAGAAAAUAACGCAGGCGAGCUCCACUAUAAAUCUCGCUACUCAGAGUGAUAUGGAAAGACUCACGACGCUAGGUGAAGCGUUAGAGAUAAUCAACCUCCAAAUGCAGGCUGGGACGCUGAGGACCACAAUGGAGUUGAUGGCCGAGACUGCUCCGCUGUUUCGCAGCGCGUGUCCAGAGGCUCCGCAUGAAUUAAUCGACCUCCCCGCCAAACUUACUCAUCCUGACAUCUCGCUGAGACAUUUCGUGACCAUUGACGUGAUCCUGAGUGCUGCUGUUCUUCGCCCGAUGCACUUCCGAUACAAGACUCACUGUUCAAAGGAUUUCCGAGAUAGAGAAGAUUGGGGCUUGCAGUGGUUCAAUGGAGUCCCCGGUGAAUUGAUUCUCAUCAUGGCAAGAAUAAACAUGCUCGUGGUCGAUUAUUGGGCCAACGUUGACCCGGAGGUAAUUGCGGAAAUUGAACGGCAACUCAAGGAAUUCAAAUCUGCGCCAGGAAAAUCCCCUGAUGCCUAUCUCAUGGUCGCGCGACUUGCGGUACAGGAAUGUUGGAGAUUGGCUGUGCUAGUGUAUUUGUAUAUGUGCUUAUGUGGUGCGGACGCGAAAGAUCCUCGAGUUGAGAAGGCCCAGAGGAGUUUCAUGAGAGUCCUAGACCGAACGAAACCCAAUCGUACCCCCGACGUAUUCCUUCUGGCACCAAUGACGAUUGUUGGUCGGGCAACCUAUCGCCCUCGGGAACGCGAUAUCAUUCGCCGGAGACUAUUAAAUAUCCAAGAGUGCGCGCAUCCCGGAACGUGCGGGAACGACGCUGUCCGGAUUCUCGAGGCCAUGUGGACGAGGUCUGAUGCUGAGGGUCGCUCGGUGGUUUGGAGUGAUGGGAGGCUUGCCGUCCGAUCCGUUUGUGGCAUUUAG